UUGUAUUUGCACUUCCUAAUUUAAAUAAUUGCAAAAGUACAAAUACCGCAAAUCUUCAAGAAUCAGCUCCACAUAAAAAUGGCCCGUCAAAUGGUUGUUCUAGCCCUCGUCUUCCUCGCCAUCGCUGGCUUGGCCUCUGCAGACAACGCCCCCACCAGCUCCCCAGCUGCAUCGCCCCGAACAUCGGCUACCCCAUCGGCUGCCCCCGCGAAGGCCGCCCAUGCUCCUGUGGCUUCUUCCCCAGCACCAUCUGCUGAGUCUCAGGAGGAUGAGAGUGCUGAUGUCCCUGCCCCCGAGCUUUCGUCUCCCCCAGCUCCAGCCAGCGAGGCCUCAGCACCCGUCGCUGAUGGACCCGUGGCUGAUGGACCUGUUGCUGAUGCACCCGCCCACAGCGGAGCUGGUGCCGUGAAGAUGUCUGCUGCCGCAGGUGUUGCUGUUAUUGCUGGUGCUUUGUUGUUGUAAAUUUGUUUUCUGACAAAGGGAUUGAACAACCAUGCAUGCAUGUUAUGAUGGAAUUUCAAUUGUUCUAUGAAUAAAAUGACGGUUCUAUAUAUUCGGGUUUCCUUUUUUUCUCUAGUA